AUGAGGCUCUGGCAGAGACUCGCCGGAGCCCUAAAAGACAGGAACAGCGUAUGGGUGGCUCAGCUGUCUCGCCGCACCUCCUUCCGCAACCCCGAUCUGGAAGCCGCCAUCAUCAAAGCCACCAGCCACGAUCAACAUCGCAUCGAUUGCAAGAACGUCCAGCGCGUGUUCCAAUGGAUUCGCACCUCUCCUCUAUACCUCAGGCCCCUCGUCUGGGCUCUCGCCAUGCGAAUGCAAAAGACUCGAAGUUGGGUCGUCGCUCUCAAGGGCUUGAUGCUCAUGCACGGCAUUUAUUGUUGUGAUAUUGCCGUUAUUCAAAACAUGGGUCGAUUGCCCUUCGAUCUGUCCAAUUUCAGCGAUGAGCAUGCCAACCCGGACAGGGCUCGGUCUCACAACGCGUUUGUACGUUCGUAUUUUGCGUAUCUGGACCAGAAAUCCGCCUUUAUAUCCAUGGAAUUUCAGAGACAGAGCAAACAGGGCAAAAAAACAGAGGACACGUUGAUGGAAGAAUUGGAGAAAUUGCAGGCGAUGCAAGAUUUGAUUGACAUGCUGCUUAAGAUUAAACCGGAGUACUUGAAUUUGCAGAAGGCUCUUAUUCUAGAAGCUAUGGAUUGCGUUAUCGUGGAGCUUUUCGACGUGUAUAGUAAAUUCUGCAAAGGGAUUGCCCGAGCUCUGUUGAGGACAUAUGAUAUUGGCGCGAAGACGGAGGCUAGCGUUGGGCUUAAGGUUCUCCGGAAAGCAGCAAUCCAAAGCGGCCAGCUUUCUGCAUACUUUGAUUUCUGCAGGGAAAUUGGCGUGCUCAACGCUUCUCAAUGCCCCAAAAUGGAGCGAUUCCCUGAAGGGUAUAUCCAAGAUCUGGAGAGAAUCAUCAACGGGGCCGAUGAGAAGGAAAGCUUGAAGAGUGACAAGGAUGAAGGCAAGGCCAUGGUGUUCAAUGUGAAUGCCAUUGCCUGCAAGGAUGAACGCAAGGGAUCAGAUGUGUACCAUGUCUAUGCGUGGAUCCAUGUUUCAUAUGCUCAAGAGGAGGUACAGAAAAGCGUAGACAGAAAGGUUCCAAGAUCUGACUUGCAAUUUCAUGUCUGUAGCAGAGUAUCGGGAGUCUUUUCAUCUGCUCUUGUUUUCUCCGUCGGUGUUAGGGAUGUUCCCGACAUGGAAUUUCCGUCGUGA